UUGUUCUUUGUACAAGGCAACCGCUCCAGUAGCUAAAGCUCCACACAGUAGUGAAUCAAUUAAAAAAAAAUCCAAUCAAAACAAUACUAAUAAUAAACAUGAUAAUUUUCGUUCAAAAACUGUUGUUGGUACACCACCAUUAGAUUUACAAUUAAUACGACGACAUAUGUCUAUUUCACAACCGCCUGUUAUAACACCAGUGACAUUUUAUUCAAAAGCAAAAAUCUAUUGGAGUCAAGUUCCAGCUACCAUAGAUGGAAUGUUAUCAGGUUAUACAUCAUUGAAUGUACCGGAUAUCGCGGAUUCUGAACUGUUUCUUGAUGAUUUUGGACCAUCUACAACAGCGUAUGCAUUAGAUUGUGGUUCAGGUAUUGGACGUGUUACAAAACAAUUAUUAUUACCACGUUUCUCUGUUGUGGAUAUGGUUGACUUGAUACAAGUAUUUCUUACUGGAACAAAAGAAUAUGUUGAUUCUAGAGAUUUUCAUCGUGUUGGUGAACGUUUUUGUUGUGGUUUACAAGAUUUCACUCCACCAACUGGUCGUUAUGAUUUAAUUUGGAUACAAUGGGUAUUAGGACAUUUAUCCGAUUUAGCAUUGUUAGCAUUUUUAAAACGUUGCGCUCGUGGACUAUCAUCGGGCGGUAGAAUUGUAAUAAAAGAAAAUAUCACUUCACCUGGUGGACAUGAUGAACAAUCUAUCAUGUCAUCGGAAGAAGUGAAUUUCGAUGAAACUGAUAGUAGUUAUACAAGACCACGUUCGGCGUAUAUUAAUGCUUUUGCUGAUGCUGGUUUAACGCUGAUUGGUGAACGAGCACAAACUAAUUUCCCAUCAUCAUUUUAUCCUGUUCGAAUGUUUGCAUUAACCUAUGAUGGUAAUUCGAAAGCAUCAUCACCGACAAAAUCAUUGGCGGAAGUUAUGCCACCUCCACCAUCACCACCACCUGUAAUUACCGAAAAAUAAUGUGCCCUAGUUUGUUUUUGUUUUUCUCUCUAUUGACAAACAAGUGCUACAACCUGUCUAUUUUUUUUGUUGUUACAAGUGUAUGUAUGUGUGUGUGGGUGGGUGCGUGCAUGUAUGUAAAAUGUACAUUUUCUCUUGUUCUCACUACCUCUACUUCACUCCACUCCACUACGACUCUCCCUCUCUUUCUCCUACUGUUUCUUCCUCUUUAGCUCACUCUUCAUAAUUACAAGUGCAACCGAAAUGUGUACCACUACUUUCUCGCUCUCUCUCUCUCUCUCCAUGUCUGUGUGUGUGUGUCUGUGUGUUUGUGACUGUGGAAAAUGAAAUAAAACAAAAUAAAAUCAAGAUUAUUUUUCUAUUGAAUAAAAAAACAAGCCAAACCAAUAAUUAAUUGAACAUUGAACCGCGGGUUUUUCUAUUUUUAUUAUUGUUUAAACUGAUUUGAAAGUGUGUGUUUGUGUGUGUGUACAAUAUGCCUAAUCCGCUGUUGCUACUGCUGAUAUUACCACUGUACUGUACUUUUCCAUGUUUGCUCAUUUGCCCAAUAAUAAUGGAACUAUAGAGUCAGUCAGUCAGUGGUUAUUUUUUAAAUUUGAAAAUUGAAAACUUUUGAAGAGAGUGUUUUUUCUUUUUGAAAAUCGAAAAAAUAUAUAUAUAUUACCACAUAUUUACAAUUACACUGAAGUUAUCCUUGUGUUCAGUGAAUUUUUUUUUUUCGUAUGCAACGAGAGUGUUUGUUAAUGAAUUGAAUAAAACAGAUUUCUUCAUUUUUUUUAUCAAAGUUUUGUUGUUGCCAUUGUUCUUGUGAUGAUCAUCAUUGUUAUAUUACUACUAUUAUUAUUAUUAUUACUAUAUAAACACGCGAUUAUUGAUUGAUACAA